GUGAAAAAUUCUAAUAAUAACGUAUAAGAGUGUUGUUACUUUUUGUCAAGAGUAUAAUCAAUAUGUGAAUCGAAGCACAAGAAUGAAGAGAAAAGAAAAAACUCAGUAUGAUAAGCCCGAGAAUGUGAUUAAUAUGAUCAUAUAAGCAAGAUAAUCGUAGUGCAGAUUUAAAUCAUGAGUUCCACAGAAUGGAUAUUAUUCUUGAUCGCGGUAAUUAUCUCUAACAGUAUUCAGCAACCGCUCUUCUUCAAAAACACUUUCAAAGGAUUGAAUGGUAUUUCGAAGGCCAAUACGUUCGACAGAAACGAGAUCAGAGCUGUUUAUUAUCAUGAUCAGACCGUGGCAAUAGUUGAUCUCGGCAUUAAUAACGAAUUGCACAAUUGCAACUUGAUCGAAGUAUACGAGCAAGACGAAGCCAAUGAAGUUUUGAGGAAUUUGUCAUCCACAGUAAUUCCUCAGCUGGUAUCUUUCUCACAAAUGACGAAACUUAUACAACAAUGCGAAUUAUUGGACAAGAUGCAGCACGAAAGGUUGUCUACAACGACAUCAAACAAUGUAAAUAAAGAUAAUCAUGGAAUGAGUAAUGUCCUGUCUCUUCUAUCAGGUAUCUUACCAGGUACAAAAUGGUGUGGUGCCGGAGAUAUAGCCGAGAAUUACCAUGAUUUGGGCCAAGAAGUUCAAAUUGAUAGAUGUUGUCGCAGUCAUGAUCUUUGUCCUGUAAAAAUUCGAGCUCAACAAACACGAUAUAAUCUUACAAAUUAUUCCGUAUAUACCAAGUCACACUGUGUAUGUGAUGAAGCGCUGUAUCGUUGUUUAAAAGCCACGACACAUCCGACAGCGCAUAUUAUGGGUCGCAUAUACUUUAAUAUAAUAAAAAUACCUUGUAUUGAGGAUGUACCAGAGAAAAAUACUUCUAUAGAGUUAGAACGACAAUUUAUUCCUGUUAAGAUGAAUUAUUGAAACAAAUGCAAGAUUGCUAAAUAUUAUUAAUAAUUUAAUAUUUUUAUACAAUAUGAAGUAUAAAAUCGGGAAGAAAGACUUAUUAUUUAUAAUUAUUAUCAAUA